AUGAUGCAGCUGCCCUUGGUUUCGACCUAUCCACAUUUGUCUAUUGCCCUGCUUGUCGGCGCUGCAUUCCCCAUCUUUAUCGCUCUCGCUUUUGGGCACUGGAAGAUUCCCCCUUCAUUCCCCAAAGGGAUUCCCCGCGCUGGAGGAAGAAAGAUCUUCGGUGGGCUUAGGGCCUGCUUCCGAGGCUGGCCAUCGGGACGACCGAGUCUCUCAGAAGGAUAUAACGAGUUUAAUCGACAUGAUAGGCUCUUUAUCUAUGCCAAUGGCAACCUACGUCCGCAAGCCAUCUUGCCAGUGAAGGAUUUUGAAUGGGUGAUCCGGCAACCCGACAGCAUUCUAUCUCCCCAGGAAGUUAUGAACGACAGUCUAAGCUUUAAGCAUCUCUUUCCCAUUGGUCGUUCUGCACUGGACGAGAAGAUCGCCAAUGUUGUGGUCAGCCAGUUUCUCACUCAGAAUCUGGACAAAAUCCAGUGUGAUCUGGCUGACGAGCUCCGUCAAAACAUCGACCGGGAGUUUGGCAAGGAUUGCCACAACUGGCAACCUGUCCACCUCAUGGAAGCGAUGCAAAGAGUUGUACUCCGGACGAGCAGCCGGAUCUCAUGGGGCUUGCCGCUAUGUCACGAUGCCCACGUGCGUUCUCUUGCCAGAUUGAUCAACUUCUAUGCGGGUGCCAUGAUAGUGUGUGGUCAAUUGAUCCCCUGGUUCUUACAGCCGCUGCUUAGCACCUGUCUCAGAGUCCCCUUGUACUUUGCUCGGAAGAGAGUGUGGGCUACCACCACGCAGCUCGUCAAGGAGUGGCUGGCGCAGAUUGAACAGGAGGAAAGAGAGCAGAUAUCUGAAGAGGAUUCCAGGGUACCUUACAACCUGGUAACCUCAUUCAUUCGAGUCUCUCGCAGGCUUUACGGGACUGAAGAGCUCAAUAAGGAAAAGCUUUCCGUGGUUAUCAACCUCUUUGCCUUGCUCCCGUUUAUGACUACUGUUCCUAGCUCCUCCGCUGCAAUCUUAGACAUUGUGAGCUCUCCGCCAGAUUUGGAAUUAUAUCAGCAGCUUCGGCAAGAAGCCACAAACGUGCUCAGUUCAGAGAGAGAAUGGGUGGUUCCCACGUCUUUCAAGAAGCUCCGUUAUACAGAUAGUGCCAUCCGGGAAACAUUGCGUCUAGCUCCAGUGACCUUGCAUGCAUCCAACCGGGAAGUCAUCCACCCAUCGGGUAUCACCUUGCCCACGGGCCAACAUCUGCCACGGGGUAUGUGGGUUGCUGCGUCGACGUUGGAUAUCCAUACGGACGAGAGAUUCUAUGCUGAAGGACAGUCAUACAAGCCAUUCCGAUACGUCAAAGAGCAGACUAAUGAAGACGGCACCGGUAUGCCCAAGCAGAAGCUGACUCGGGUAGCAGCCACCUCGAAAUAUCUACCCUUUGGCUCAGGACGUCAUGCAUGUCCGGGCCGGCAUUUUGGUGUUCAUCUGCUCAAGAUGAUCAUCGCCCAUAUCGUUUUAAACUAUGAUAUGGAACGUCUCGAAAAAAGACCGGAGAACAUCAUUUGUGGUGAACAUGUACUUGUACCACCGAGUGCCACUGUCCGAGUCCGUCGGAGGGAGGUCAACUGA